AUGGCUAACAUCGCUGUGAAGCGAGGGCAUCUUCCCCUUCUCAACCGCAUACAGCAGCUUAAGGCGAGUCCUUUACCUUUCCCUCCGCUACCGCCGGGAGGCACGAACCAACAACAGCUCGAAUCUAGCAGGCCGAACCAGGGACAGGUUGUCCUCGAAUACGACGACUCACCAAGCCGGACGUGGAGAAAACAAUCACCCUGCCUUAGUCGAAUAAGUCCGGUCUCUCUCUCUAGCGAAUCGAGCUCCUCUACCUCCGACCUUCACACCUACCAUUCCACCGCAAGCUCCCCGAGUCUUCGCAGUCGAGACGCAGUUGACAUGGAACGACCGCUCACACCAAUCGACAGCGACGGCGACAACGGGAAAGUCGUGAUCCGAGUGCGACGCUUCAUCAAGCGAGACUUUGAGAAACAAUCACUAUGCAUCAUUCGCAUGAAUCCAGUCACGCAAGAUUAG